AUGCGCUUCAACACUAUCACUCUCUUGGCCGGCGCUGCCACUGCUGUUGCUGCUAGCAACACUGCCAACUUGCUUCUGCCUGGAUUCCAGGGUCGUAAUCUCGAGGCGGGCAUCGUCACCAAGGCUGGUGAUGCCACUACCUAUCUGGUGACUUGCCCUACCUCUGUCGCUUCCGCCGACUGCGGAAUCCCUGGCAAAGGUAUGACUGUUGUCGCUGCGCCCACCUCUGCCGAGAUCAUUCAGUCCUACCCCAACGGCGACAUCGCAUUGGUCUCCUGCAGUGUCGAUGGCACUACUUUCGCCUCUUGCUCUGCUUCCCAGGGUACUCUGACUGUCGAAAAGACCCUUGCGGCCAAAGACAUCAACUGGAUGGCGGUUACUGUCACCGGUGACUGCUCAACUAGCACUCCUACUCCUACCGCCAUCCCCACUAUUACCGCCACCGUGGCUACUGAAACUUCCACCUCGACCUCACUCUCGACAUCCAGCACUUGGUCAGCCACCUGGUCCGCGAGCUCUACCCCCGUCAAGUCUCCUUCUCGCUCUGCUUCCUCCACGCUCGUGAGCAGCACUCCUUUGGUGCCUAGCCAGACCGGUGUCACUGCCACUGAGCCUGCCGCAACCGCAUCUGCAACUCUCCCCGCCGCCCUGAACGGGGCUGCCUCCCUGGCCGGCAACGGCUGGGCUCUCGGUGGUGCUGUCAUGGCGCUGGUCUUUGCUCUUGCCUAA